UUGAAGUCGUCACUGCUCGAGAAAGCCAGAUCUUAUGCCUUACAUCCUGAGAGUGAUCAAUUCCCAGCAUCGAGUAUUUACACAUUCAAAGCCACUACACAUCAGCGCUUCUUACCGCCUUUCGAUAGUGUUGCCUACGUGAUAGCGCCAGAUCGUUUCGUGACGUUCGACGGCCGUGUGUUUGCCUUCCACUCAGCAUGUGAAUAUCUGUUGGCCACGGAUCUGAUGCAUCAGCAAUUCUCUCUGAUUGGCAGUUUCAAACGGGAGAGAGCUGGCACGGAAUUGGAUGCGAUUAAAGUGGAGAUUCAGAAGGAUCAAAUUGUGAUGCAUUUGAACGGAAAGGUGUGUUUGCGU